UGCAUUGUGUGGAUAAAAGGAGAGAAAGAAACCUAAGUCAUAAGACUCGUUCACUCACUCGCUUCUGAGAAUGUCUCGUCGUCACUCCGAUUCCAAGCGACGCCAUUCCAGAUUCGAUCCGCAACCCAGCCCGAAGAGAUAUAGGAGGGAUGCAUAUGGAAAAGAAGAGAAAGAGAGAGUGGCAAACGGCGCUAACGUACAAAAUGGAGACCACCGGCGGCUGAAAGAACAUGAUCCUCCUUCGACUAAGCAACGAUCUGCCUCUCUUCACAAUAAACCAAAUGAUCAGCAUGCACCUCAUCCCACUCAACACGAGAAACGAGGUAGCACUGGGCAGGUUGGCCAAAGCUCAGGUCAAAGGAAAGCAGGUGAGCGUGGAUGGUGGAAGAACACAAGAAAGCAACUUCAUGAAAGGGCAGAGACAAGUCACCGUAGAGAACAGAGAGAUGGUAAAUCACAGGCUAAACUAGAUGAUAAUACUUUCCAGAGAAGAGAUGAUUUUUCUGAAAGGAAAGAGGAUCCACUUCCUACCUUAAGGAAAAGACCUGCAUUUAGGGAGAAGAGGAUUCCAAUGGAAUCAGUAGAUGCUAAUCUGGUUGCAGCAGUGGCGGUAAAUUUGAGUGAGAUUAACCACCCUGCAGGAAGGAAUGACAGGAAGAAGGAGGAAAGAAGCAACAAUCCACACCAUUUGGGUAGACCUGAAAAGCCUUUUGCAGAUGACAGAGCACCUAACAAGGCUGGAGCUAGGAGAGAUGGGUUUCCAUCAAGAGGAAGAAGGUAUGGGGACAAUGACAGUUACAGGGGAAGAGAUAAAUUUAAUGGAAGACAAGGUUAUCGUCUGGAUAAGAUUCAAACUGAGAAGUGGAGGCAUGAUUUAUAUCAAGAGGUAAGUAAGGAUCCCAUUCCACAGAACGAGGAUGACCAGAUUGCAAAGCUGGAAGCACUCUUGGCAUCAUAAUAGCAAACAGCAGGCAGAUCUUAAAUCGUGCCUAUCAACUUAUAAGCAUGUGUUGCUAUAAGCUGUUGAGUCUGUCUCUGUAUCAAGUUAUUGCCACCUUCAAAAUGCCAGGGAUGUUAAGCACAACAGCUAUCAGUUUUUAGAAUCUAUCUUGAUUCAAUCCUCGAUGUCUGAGACUGACAAGCUUUGAAAGUGAAAUUACAUUAAAUGCUCGAGUUUUCCUCAACUACCUUUAAGCUUGUUUUAGACAAUCCCUAGUUUGCAAGUUUGUCAAUGUCUAGGAUUUGUAUUUUGGUCUAUUUAUGUGUAACGCUCUCAAGUAUGUCAAGGUCGUGAUUGGGUUGAAUUGGAGAGGGAAGUAUCUCAAUUUUCAUAACAUGACCUGGUAAAAGUCUCUACAUUUAGGAACAAA